AUGACAGACGCCACAAUCCCGCGCGUGAAGCCGUCUGUGGGCGCAGUAAAGAUUCAUGAGUUGAUGCUCGAGUAUGGCGGAGUCAUCAUUGAAGGAUUUCUCUCCCCUGCCGAGGUUACAGAGCUCAAUAGCGACAUCGACGCUCCAUUCGAGGCAAUCCAGCAAGGUUCUCUCAGCGACGUGCAAGCAUUGAAGGAAUUCCACGGGAACCAAACGAAACGAUUGACCAAUCUGGUCACCUACAGCAAGUUGUUCCGACAUAAUAUAUUGAACAAAGGACUCCUCCACAGCAUUCUCGAAAUUGUCUACGCCCAAGACAACUGCUCUUACUGGAUGUCAGCGGCUCAGGCCAUCGAGAUCCACCCGGGGAACAAGGCACAGAGACUGCAUCGCGAUCAGAGUCAGUUUCGAGUCUUCAACUUACUCGGCCCUGAGGCCCCUGAGGCUGUGGUCAAUUUCCUCAUCGCACUCACCCCAUUCACCGAAAUCAAUGGCGCAACGCGGGUCAUUCCAAAGUCGAACAAGUGGACAGACUUCACUGACAUGGGAUGCCCCGAGAACACCAUUCCUGCGGAGAUGAACCGUGGUGACGCCUUGCUGAUCACCGGCAAAACAGUGCAUGGUGGAGGUGCCAAUAGAACCAAUGACGAAAAGCGCAGAGGCCUCGCGUUCACUUUUAGUCUCAGCUACCUCACCCCAGAAGAGGCUUACCCGUUCCAGAUCAGUCGCGAUGUCGCGAACACCAUGACUAAGAAGGCUCAGCGGCUCAUCGGGUACCGAUCGCAGUAUCCAGCCUCCUCGGGUGGCCUGUGGCAAUGUGAUUAUGCAGAGUUGGCAGAUUUCCUUCAUUUGGACUCCGUGGACGAGCCGUCCCAGGUCCCCAAGACCAACGGGUACCACUAG